AGAGGGGAUUGUGGGAAAGCAUUGGUCUCCUUAAUCUAAUUUCUUAUGGCCUUUGGAAACAUGCAUCGUAUUGAGUUCUUAGUAUCCAUGCGCCCUACAUAUCACAGAUUCCUACCCUUUUGUCUACAGACGUCCCCACGUAGCGGACGUCUUACUCCAGCUCUUCCAGCUCAAGUCAAUUGCCGUCUCUCUACUCUCUGCCGCAGUCUUUCCGAGCUGCAUCCGAUCUUUCCAUCGAUACCAGUCCGUUGAUUCCAGCCAUGGCGCGUUCUAUCCUUUCUAUCAUUACGCUUUUCCUUUUACCUCUACUUGCCCUCGCCCAGAUAGCAGACGACGAUGGCUAUACGGGCUACAGGCUGGACAUUCGCGACGGCGGCGACCCCGUAGCCGUCCUCUACGAGACCGCAAACACGACUCCCAACGUCUCCUCCUCAGUCCCCGAACCCGACGUCUUCCUCAACGCCUCCGUCUCGGUCGGCGAAAUCUCCAUCGAAGUGCAAAACCUCACGGCCAAAAUCAACCUCGACGCCCAGGUCCUCAAGCUCCUCGAAUUCAACGCCGGCGUCGACCUCAGCAUCAACCGCGUCUUCCUCCUCAUCCAGAAUGUCUCGGCCAAGGUCCUGCUGGAGGCCCGGCUCGCCAACGUCGUCAAGAUGGUCAACGACACCCUUACCUCCAUCGACCUGAAUCCCAUUAUCGCAGAGCUGGGCAGCGGCCUCGGCCGCAUCAUCAACGAAACCGGUAACCUGAUCGGCGGUGGUGACGAUGAAGCCUCGGCCGCAAACGCAGACGCAAAGUCGAAACGCAGCAUCGAUCUCAUGCAAUUCCAAUUGGAAAACAACAUCCUCUACUCCGUCAACGACUACUCGGGCAACACGCAUACGAACCGCGUUCUUGCCCAGAACGGCGAUAUUGUCGACCAGACGCUCGACAACAAUGGGCGCGUCCAGGGUACCAAGACUGUAGGCUCGUAUCUCACUGACAUGCGCUUCAACGGGUUCAACAAGUCGGUUGAGUACAAGGGCAAGGAAGCGUGGGAGACGGAGUACACGUACGAGCCAUUCGUGGGGCUGAUUGCGAUUUCAGCGAUCUUCACAGAUAAGGCGGAUGGGAAGGUCGUGGGGACGCAGCUGUUGGCUGAGGCGAGGGGAGGGGGGACUUCGACGAUUGGGGCGGUCGAGGAGGAGAGUUGAGGGCGUUGGGUUGGGUUUUACAUAUUCCUAGGAAGCCCAGUUGGUGAAGCGGGUAAUGAUAUUUAAUGUGCUAUUCAAUCAUGGCUUGCGU